GAAUCUGUCUGGAGGGGUUCAGAGGUCUGUAGUAAUAAUGAGGACUAGGACCAAGAGACACAAACACCUGGGAUCACAGCAAACAGCGGCCUUGCACACAAUGGACUCGCCUGCAGAGGGUGAGAAAUGAUGCCUUGUCAGACACUGCCACAUGUCGCUGCUUUUAGCUCGGUUAGGUCAUGUGCGCAGCCCAUUGCAGCAGCAUGUCGCUAGUGCAAUUACGGCUAAGUUAGUCUUGGCAGACUUGAGAGGGAACUUUGGUCAGCCGCAUCUCGAACCUCACUUCUUCCAUGUCCAACCCCUCCUCGACAUACAACCUUGCUCCUGUGCCUUGUGCGACUUGCCUGUUGAGUUGAGCGUUCUCGCGGGCCCUUUGGUCUUCGACGUUUUCCUCUACGGGAUAUAGCCUUGUAUGAAACUAAGCCUGCCGAGCCUCCUCUGGUCCCUUCUUUUCUGAUUUAGUGCUCGAUUUCGCCUUCUCGACUUUUUGCCUCCCCAUCAACUCUAUGACUCCGCAAUCGUGUGCGACUAACAAUGACUGAAUCGAUGGCAUCUCCCAGCAAAGACCAGAGGCGCGCUCCGUCUCAAGCUGAGUGGGAGAAGUUCCGACCUGUCUUCACUCAGUUGUACAUUGAAGAAAACCGUCCCCUACCUGAGGUGAUGGGGAUCAUGAGAGAGAAGCAUGGAUUAUGGGCCAGUGAGAAGAUGUAUAAGAACAAAAUUAAGCAUUGGGGUUUGCGGAAAUACCUCAAGGAGGGCGAGGCUAAGCAGAUCAUGGAAGGCGAGGUACCGACAGCCAGCAGAGACUUAGAUUUGGAUGCUCUGAAGAAAAAGGCCGAACGUGCUUUAAAGCGGAAGCGAAAUCGCAAGUCAUCGUCAUCCAACGCACAAGCUUCUCCGCCAGCUUCGCCGCCCGCAUCUCCGACAGCAUCUCCGCUAGCUUCAGAGCCGUCGCCUUCAGCCUCGUCUCCUCCUCCACCUUCUCCAGUUUGUGAAGCGGUGGUACAAUGGUCAAAGCCAGCAGAACCGCUCCCGACCAUCGUCGUUCCGCCGCCCGAAAGAUUUCGGGUUGUUAAUGUCGCCGAGCAAUUUCUCUUCAACCUGCGCGGAUGGACCCACGACGCAUUCGUUCAUGGUGAUUGGGAUACUCUGUCUUCUACCCAGCAUCACCGCGGGCGCCAGGCAUCACGUCUUCUCUCUUCGAGUCUAACCGCGGGAAUUAACCUCUUCGACAAUGGAAAGCCGACGCUUGCUUGGGCACAAUGGGGAAAGGCCUUUGCAGGUUUCCAGAAUCCCGAAUUGUUCAAAUCUUGGUAUUACGAAAUACCAAUGGCCUUACUUUUCGAAGUCGGUCGAGUGGCCGUCAGUGGCCACCAUCAGCUCGCUGCGGUGCUCCUCAAGAAUGUCAAACGGUGGGCGCAUACAUUUCUGGAUCCAAAGGAUUCACGCCACGCCCUCUUCAGCGUCUUUGGUGAACUUGAAGUUGAUCAACUACAAGACCUAUACAAACGUGCCGCCCGCUCUAUGUACGAUGGUCUUGAAACGCGAAUUGAUAAGCGCAAUAAGCUCUUAUACGAGGUUCGACUUAACCGAGCUCUGGACCUUCUGUGGUACGAUCCAGAAACGGACUUGACCGAAUGGCUUCCACAGAUCUCAGAAGUUGACGCCGUCUCCCCAGGAUUGUCCGUGUACUUCCUGCUUCUACAAGCUUACAGACUUGUCGCCCAGGACCAGUACGAUGAAGCUGACGACAUUUGUUCGCAAGUGCAGCGUAGGCUUACAAUCUUGAAAGAAACUCCAGGAAGCAUAGACCUUUGGCGAGUAGGACUUGCUUAUCGCCGACUUGGGCGACAACAACAUGCCAAAGGCCGCAUUGCCGACGCACGUCGGAGUUUCAACACGGCGCUAAAAUAUGUGCAGAAUAACAACGACCUGUCAAAAUCCGUUCUGAUCGAGAUCUGCCAGCGUCAGCAAAGCAUGGCAAACAUGAUGCAAGACGCUGAGGAUGUCUUCUUCUGGACCAAAAUGCUUGAGUCCUUGGAGCAGGACACCAAAGCAACACAAGUAAUCGAGGAACUCGACCCAUCCAAGGAUGAAGACGAGAGCGAGAGUGAAGACGAAGGCGAAAAGCUUCGAGGAAAAAAGAGGCGAAUAUCACCUAAUCCCGGCCGGAGUUCCACGCCCGCUCGACGGGGCACCUGGUAACCUUGAAGUUGGAAGACCAGCGAAAUCAAAGCACCCUCUUCGACUUGAGACUUUACGAGACCAUGAAUUUAUGAAGUGACGAUUUCUACCCUGUUCCCCAGUUGAGCGAAUUUGAAGGAGUUUAGGAUUGAAAAGAAUGCAAGCAUGAUUGGGGGAUCUGCAAGUGACCGGUUUCUCUCUGAAAUUUGUGAGGCAUUUGUCCCGCUCGUGAGGACGAGAGAGCCUUAGGCACCCGUGACCGGAAGUGAUUGUUCGUUCCAUUUACACAGCAGGGAAAGAGCAGGCGAUAUUAUCAACAUCAGUGUUUCAAAGCGCGAGUUGCGUAUCUGAUGUACUUAUACAUAUUCGGUACAUGUGAUUUGAGUGAGAGGACUCCAGCUUUUUUGAAUUGGGAAGGAGCUUUUUAUAUAGCCUUGUAGUCAGUCACCUUGCUUAGUUCUCUCAUCAACCGGUAUUGCUCUCC